AUCAGCAGUGCGGCUUUCGUUGAGGCUUGUCAAACCGGUGCUGGAGCCUCGGGCAGAGCUGACACCACGCACACUGCAAGCGGAGACCCACCUGGACGCCUCCCUCGGUUUUGUCCUUGAGCUCCACAAUCCCACAUCUGAAGGGUUCUUACCUCAUUUGCUCGCAUGGAAAGAGGGAGGCAUCCCAUCAAGUGAAAGGAGGGAAAAAAACAAGUUACAGCGUGAAGGAAAGCGCCCAACAAAUCAGUAUACAUGGGAACGAAUGGCACCGAAGCGAAGGUCAAUGGUAUGAAGGGCGAUCCGGACCUUCACUUCCUCCUUCAGGGGGGAGACCUCCUCAAGGUCCGCUCCUCGUCCUGGAAGAAGACGCGCCACUUCAGGCUCAUGGAGGACUGUAAAACCAUGUGGCGUGAAUCGAGGAAAAUGUUCAAGAAUAGCAAGACGUUUUCCCUCGACGACGUCUCGGCGGUGCGAAUGGGCCGUCAGUCGGAGGGCCUGCGGAAGAACACGGAGGAACUCGUGGAGGGCCGCUGCUUCUCCAUCAUGUUCAAGGGCAGCCGCAAGAACCUGGACCUCAUCGCCAGCUCGGAGGAGGAGGCCAAGCGGUGGGUCAGCAGCCUGCAGACAGUGAUCUCCAACAGAGGCAACCUGAACCGCCUGCAGAAGACCGAGCAUUGGAUCUUCAACUGCCUGAGGAAAGCCGACAAGAACGAAGAUGAUCAGAUGAGUCAGUCGGAGCUCAAGGACUUCCUGCGUCUGAUCAAUGUCGAGGUGGACGACGAGUACGCUGAGAUGCUCUUCCAGAAAUGUGACAAAUCCAAAUCAGGAUACCUGGCUGGAGAGGAGAUCGAACAUUUCUACAAAUUGUUGACCCACCGGGAAGAGAUCGACGUCAUCUACGGGGAGUACGCUAAGGCGACAGGCUUCAUGAGUCCUCAGAACCUUGUGGACUUCCUGAUAAAAGAGCAAAGAGAGGCGGCCACGCUGGCCGACGCACACAACAUAAUCCAGAAGCACGAGCCUGAUGAAAAUGCCAAGGAGAAGAAGCUGUUGUCCAAAGACGGAUUCCUCAUGUACAUGCACCAUCCAGAGGCCAUGGUCCUCAACCCAGACCACAGAGAGGUGUACCAGGACAUGAGCCAGCCCCUCAACCACUACUUCAUCUCCUCCUCGCACAACACCUACCUGAUGGAGGACCAGCUCACGGGGCCCAGCAGCACGGAGGCUUACGUCAGGGCUCUGCUGAAGGGCUGCCGCUGUGUGGAGCUGGACGUCUGGGACGGAUCAGACGAUGAGCCAGUGAUCUACCACGGCUACACACUGACCUCCAAGAUCCUCUUCAAGGACGCCAUCAAAUCCAUUAAAGAGUACGCCUUCAAGACGUCGGAUUACCCCGUUAUCCUCUCCUUGGAGAACCACUGCAGUGUGGCGCAGCAGGAAGUCAUGGCCGACCACAUGAGCUCCAUCCUGGGCAGUGCACUCGUCACCGCCCCCCUGGGGGGCGGAAUGCCCACCGACUUUCCAUCUCCCGAGGAGCUAAAGGGGAAGUUCCUGAUCAAAGGCAAGAGGUUAAACAAGCUGGAGGCCAGCUUUGCUGCGGCUGAUGACGCUGACGUGACGGAGGAGGACGAGGCGAAUAACGGAGACAAGGACGAACUGAAGGAGGAGGAGAAAAAAAAGGAGAAAAAGAAGCUGAAACUAGCAAAAGCACUGUCCGACAUGGUGGUGUACUGUAAGAGCGUCCACUUCAACGGCUUUGAAGACGCGAGACGAAACCUGAGCUUCUACGAGAUGUCGUCCUUCAAGGAGCCGAACGCCAUGGCGCUGGUAGAGGAUUCGGCCAACUCGUACAUCCGCCACAACGUGGACAAGCUGAGCCGCAUCUAUCCAGCAGGCUCCAGGACCGACUCCUCCAACUACAGCCCGGUGCCUCUGUGGAACGCCGGGUGCCAAAUAGUGGCCCUGAACUUCCAGACAAGUUGCACGGACAUGGAUGUCCACCAAGGCCGAUUCCUGGUCAACGGAAAGAGCGGCUAUGUCCUGAAGCCGGCCUUCAUGAGGAAUGAAGCCACUGAGUUUGACCCCAUCACCCUGACCCAAGGACCCUGGCUAAAGCACAAGACGCUCCAUGUCAUGGUUAUAUCCGCACAGCAGCUCCCCAAAGUGAACCAGAAGAAGACCUCCAUUGUGGACCCGUUGGUUAGAGUGCAGGUGUACGGAGUGCCGGCUGAUGUCGCUGAGAAAGCGACCACCUCUGUUGCAAACAAUGGUUUCAACCCAGCAUGGAAUGAAAACUUCCAGUUUGAUGUGUACGUGCCGGAGCUAGCGCUGGUGCGCUUCACCGUUGAAGACCACGACUCCAUGUCCGCUAAUGACUUUGUCGGGCAGUACACACUUCCAUUCGAAAGCUUAAAAAUGGGAUACCGACACGUGCCUCUGCUUGGUAAGAACGGAGACCCGCUGCCCUCAUCUGGACUCUUUUUACACAUCAUGGUCCUCGAUGUUGAGUGAGACGUCGCCAACUGUGCCGCUGCAGGAAAUAAUGACCUCUGAAACACAGCCUCCGUUUCUGCUGUUUCUGCUGAUAAUCAAUCGUGUGUUUUUUCUCUAUUGUUUUAGUUUCUUAAUUUAUUACCUUCAUUCCAGUAGUUUAAGCUGUUACUACAAACGUUAGAUAAAGACCAGGGUCUUCUCAGCAAGCUUAGGAGCUCUAUCUGCAACUGGAACAUAAGUAGUAAUGGGAGGUGCCCCAUUUUAUAAUAUAAUGAGUCACAUUGGACCUUUAAUGUCUCUCAUUUCCCUUAAAUUAAUGCUACAUAGAACUAUCUGUCUUUUUUAAAAUACGCUUUUAUAAAUUCUGGAGAAACAAAAGCCAACAUGGAAACAAUGUGCUUUGUAUUAUUAAGUAAUUUAACAGUAAUUUCAUUUUUUCAUGUGACUACUACUUCUUUUUGUAAAUCACAAGGAAGAUAAAAGUCUUUAACAGAA